AUGAUACCAGCCUUUAAGGACCAUGCGCACGACAGCCUUAUUCCCGAGCUUCGAGCUCUUGCUUCUGAUGACCGAGUACCAUCUUCACCUGCGGUACAAGUCACUACACCUGAGCGUACCGGACAUUGGAGUAUCUAUGUCGAACUCUGGCUAGACCAAGGUUUCUAUCAUAAUGUUGAGCAUGGGAUUAGUCGUCAUGUAGAAGCUUUUGGAUUCCUCAGCACCCUCAAGCUUGCAGCGAUAUCAGGAGCGAUUGACCGUGUGGAAGACGAGAUUCACGACAUCGGAUCAAACCUCACUGAGUCUCAAGAUGUGAUUGCAUAUACCCAGAUGUUGUUGCGUUCGUGUGACUCUGAAGUUACUCUCCACCGACAGCUUUACAAAAGACAGCUCAAGAUUUCACUUAGAAAAUAUAAACACUUCAUGCGUACCCUUAACCAUUACCACAAGGUAAUCGCGAAUCUCAGGUCAAUCCAUUCCGAGGAGACCAAACGCACCUGCGAUGUCGAGGAUUCUCAAGCUGCUGGACCUGACACGCCUGAAUCAACCUGA